AUAAAUCGUGUUAACAACUUUAUCGCCAGUGACGCCAGUAUGCAACUACACAGUUCCACGAAAAUGGACGUACUGGCACUAGUGUACGAGCGAUUUUGAUGAAUCCACGAAGAAUGCUGCAGAAUACCGGAAUGACUUUUAUGGUGGAGAUAUUGCAAUGGGCAGGGCAUGUUGCGUCUUAGGAUGUCCUUCAGGUGGAGAUGCCCCAUCUCACCAGAUCCCUAAGAAUCCAGCACUCUUCCAGAAAUGGAAAAGCCUGAUUUAUUCUGAGAAAAUUCAACAUAUGACUGAUGAGCAGAUAAGCAAGUGUGCUGUGUGCUAUCGGCAUUUUGCCGACAAUGACUAUCUAGUAACCUUCAGAGUAAGAAAGUUGAAACGUGGUGUUGCACCUUCCUUAAACUUGCCGAAUAAGCCAGCUUCUAGUGUACCUAUUAUGAUUAAAAUAAACCCACAAACAUCGGUUGCAACAGAAGAAACGGUUACUCUAAAAACAGAGAUUAUAAAAACAGAAAUUUCAAAUAUGAUGGAAGUAUCAGAUAUACCUCAAAUAACAUUAUUUGAAGAUACUCCGGAAGAAAUUAAAUCCUGUUUGUUUGACCAGCCACAAAUUAUAUUGGACAAGAAUACUGAGCAAACUAAUUCAAUGGCAGAAACAAUUAAGUUAAAUCAUAGAAAAAAGACGUUGAGACAGAAACGAAAAUUAACUGCAAAGGAGUUGCUUUUGUUUCAAUGUAAACAACAAGCCAAGCAAUAUGAGAAAACACCUACGAUACAAAAGCUUCUAUCUUUUCUCACAUCUACUGAAAAAGCAAUUAUUAAAAGCAAAAUACGAAAAUCGAGAUAUUCCUCAAGAAUAUAUGUAAGAAUGUAUCACAAUAUUGCACAAAAGAAAGCUUUUGAUCAGUUAAAGCUUUUAAAAAAUUAA